AUGUCUGAGAACAUUCUUCCGAUCAGCGGUGAUGAUCUCUCAAGCUACGUGGAACCAGCCCCAAGGCAAGUUCUCAGAAUCUGCUUGAACCUGAAGUAUCUCAUCGACCGCGUCAUUCCAAUCCAGUUCGAUGAGGCUGUGGUCCUAUCAGCGGACUCGAAGAUCCUCACCUCGAAAGUGGUUCAAUUGGCGCUAGAAGCCGCUGGAGGUGAAGGUGAUGGCAAGCGUGGCACUUCGUCCUAUAAAUAUCGGUCAGUGUUGAUCUUUGCUCUUUUGAAAGUCACUGGUUGGUACUAUGAACUCAGCGCAACUGAGCUUCACGAUUCCGAGCUCUAUGCUCUCAGAGCAUCGACUGCUCAGCAGCUGGCGAAGCUGAUCAUCGAAGAGCAACAGGAUGACACACAGCUGUUCAUCCACAUGCUCUGCCACCGUUACGUGGUCAGCUUGAACUCUGAGCUUUCGGAGCCUGCAAAUGCCCUUGAGCUUGCUGUUGACAUGCACUCCACCAUCAUCAUUGGCUCUUCCGGCUACCAGCGUUGUGUCAAGUGGCUGUGGCGUGGUUGGAUUAUUCAGAGUGCAGACGAUCCUUCUUCGUAUGUGAUGUACAAGCAAACUGGCAAGUCUACGUUGUCUGCUCAUUUUGAUCCUGAUCGUAUCAAAACACCAAUGUAUCAGAAUGCCUUGGAGAUUGGAUUCACAGUCUUCUAUCUCGUUCUGUACACACUGAUUGUGAACAAGGACGAUAAGGGCCCUGUUAGUUUGAACAUUGCAGAGUAUCUCUUCUACAUCUCAACGUUCUCCUACCUCUACGAUGAAGCCCAGAAGCUCUAUCACAUCGGAUGGAACUAUAUCUCAUUCUGGUCAAUAUUGAACGAUGCCCUGUAUGCCCUUGUUUCAGCAUCUGCUGGGCUGAGAAUAUGGUCUCUGACGUUGGAUUGGGACUCUCCAACGGCAAUCAGACUCGACGAAGCAUCCUUCAGGCUUCUUUCGCUCGCUGCGCCAUUGAUGUACGGCCGUCUGCUGUUGUACCUCGAUGCUGAAAAGUUCGUUGGUGCCAUGAUUGUCGUUGUGAAAGUGAUGAUGAAAGAGUCCAUCAUCUUCUUCUUCUUGCUGAUACUUGUGAUUUUGGGGUUCCUUCAAGGGUUCCUUGGUUUGGACUCCUCUGAUGGUAGAAGAGACGCAACGAUAUUGAUCAUUGAGCAACUUGGGCAAACCAUCCUUGGAGGUGGUGAUUUCAGUGCCUUUGAGAGGUUUGUCCCACCUUAUGCUGGCAUACUCUACUACUUCUACUCGUUCUUGGUCACCGUUAUCCUCCUCAACAUCCUAGUUGCGCUGUACGCAUCGGCGUAUCAGAAGAUCUACGACAACGCCAAUGAUGAGUACAUGGCAUUGGUUGCGUCGAAGACUCUCAGAUAUAUCCGUGCACCGGACUCUUGCGUGUUUGUUCCUCCCCUGAACAUCAUCGAAAUCGUUCUUUCCCCAACCAGUCUGCUCUUGACCCAUGGUCAGUAUCACGAGCUUCUCUACAGGAUCAUGCUCGUUAUAUACUCGCCAGUGCUGUGCUUCAUUGCCAUUAAAGAGACCAGAGAAGCCAGAAGAGUCCAGUACAACCGUUCCAAAAGACUGAGUGACGAUGCAAACGAGGUUGAUCAUGAAUGGGACCUCACUGAUGGGUACGAGGACAGCUACGAGGGAAUCUUUGCAACAAGUGGCACCGCUGACACUAUCGAACGCAACAACAGGGAAAUCAACGAACAACUAGCAGCAGAACGAGCCGACCCACAAUUCAGAGUCAAGAGUGAAUGGUUUGGCAAGGUGAAGUCAUUGGCGCCACCUAUUGAACAGGGUGUUGAUUCACGCGUCGGUUGGGAGCUGUACCCGUUGUAUGAGAAAGUUGAAACCCUUACGAAACUUGUUGAAACACUGGUGGAGGAUAACAAGGAGCUCAAGCAGAGACUCAACUCACAAAAGUAG